AUGGACAAGGUUCUGAGACCAGAGAGACUGGAGGUAGAUCCUAACUCUAGGGAAGCAUCCUGUGAGUGGCUACACUGGAAGAAGACUUUCGAUAAUUUUCUAAACGCCUUGCCGUCUGAAGGCCUUGAUAAACUUGGUGUACUGGUGAAUUUCAUAUCUCCUCGUAUAUUCCAAAACAUUGAGGAGGCAGAAUCGUACGAUACUGCGAUUGAGAUUCUGAAAACAAUGUUUGUCAAACCUUUCAAUGAAGUUUAUUCUCGGCAUGUUCUGGCAACCAGGAACCAACAAGCAUCUGAAAAUGUAGACGAAUACAUGCAAGCAUUGAAAUCGUUAAGCAAACAUUGUAAUUUCAAAGCUGUAUCUGCUGUUCAAAACCGAGAUGCAUAUGUCCGAGACGCUUUUAUCCGGGGUUUAAACUCCACAUGGAUACGACAGCGUUUGUUGGAAAACAAACACCUUGAUCUUAAUACGACAUACGAUCAAGCCAGAAGCUUAGAAGUAGCAAUUAAGAAUGCUGAAGCUUAUCGAGUAUCCGACCCUUCUACUGUGUCUGCGGCUGCUCAAAACAGUGAAACUCAAAACGAUGAGACAUCGUGUGAUAUCGAGAAAAUAUCUGCUACUGCAAAUUCCGCGUGCUUUUUCUGUGGCGGAAAGAAACAUCCUCGUUCAAAAUGUCCAGCCCGAAAUGUGUUUUGUUUCAAGUGUCAUAAAAAGGGACAUUUCAUAAAAGUCUGCAGAGGAACCGUUUUCAACCCAAAAAAUCCUGACGAAGUCACUGCAUGUUCUAACUCGUAUAUAUUAGGAAUGGCUUUUGACAAUACCCCAAAAUCAUUGAGAGGGUCGUCGUCUGUGAUUCAUAUUGAAGGACACAAAGUACGCGCACUUUUUGAUAGUUGCAGUAGUCAGAGUUUCAUACACCCUCGUCUCAUAGAAAGGUGUAACCUCCCAAUCAAAAGAGACACAGUUAUGGACAAGGUAGCAAUGGCUUCUCUGGCGUGUUCCAUGCCUAUAAAAGGUUGCACAGCAGCUGAUAUUGAAUAUCAGGGCCGACACUAUCAAAAAUUCAUAUUGAGAGUGAUGGAUGAUCUAUGUUGUGACAUUUUACUUGGAAUAGACUUUCAAGGACAACAUCAAAGUGUAACUUAUAAUUACGGCGGCGAUCGACCUCCAAUGUCUGUAUGUGGCUUUUCAACUUUCAAAAGUUUGCCACCAGAACCAUUCAAAAAUCUGACUGCUGACUGCCAUCCUAUUGCUACAAAGUCUCGUUGGUAUUCCAAAGAUGAUAGAAAGUUUAUUGAAAUGGAGGUCAACCGUUUGUUACAGGAAGGAAUUGUAACGCCUAGCAGAUCUCCGUGGAGAGCUCAAGUUGUCGUCGUAAAGGGUGAAAAUCGGAAACGAAGGUUUGUAAUCGAUUAUUCACAGACCAUUAAUAAAUUUACUCAGUUAGACGCGUUUCCUUUACCUAAUAUGAGCGAUAUAAUCAACGAAAUUGCUCAUUAUCGUGUGUAUAGCACAGUGGAUUUAAAAAGUGCAUACCAUCAGGUUCCACUUGAAAAGGAAGACCAGAAAUAUACUGCUUUCGAAGCUGCGGGUGCUCUGUUCCAGUUCACUCGUUUACCGUUUGGAGUCACAAAUGGUGUGGCCUGCUUCCAGAGGGCAAUGAUGAACCUGGUAAAAGAAGAAAACCUGACCGGUGUUUUCGCGUAUCUCGAUAACAUUACCAUUUGUGGGCAUACUCAACAAGACCAUGAUAUCAACUUGCAGAAGUUUCUAGAAGCCGCUAAACGACGAAAUCUAAAAUUGAACGAAAACAAAAGCAUAUUUUCGACCAGAAAACUUCAGAUUUAG